UGAGUCCUAUGGUUUAAGCUAAGAAUCCUCUUACCUGUCUACUUAUGUCAAGUAAAAAAAAUAUUCUUUCUUUGUUUAUUUAUGCAGAAAAAGUCCUUUUAGGAAUUCAAUAUAAAGACAAUUUUUUCUUGUAAUAAAUAUCUUCAAUGUCUUUGGUCUCUGUCGUUUUCCAUCUUCAUCAUCAGCAUCACGUGAUUGGCUAAUACAAAACUUAUUCUAUCUUUAUUUUUUAUUUCACCUCACUAACCGUGAAGAAUGGUGAAAAUGAAUGUUCGUUGUAUGAUUCUGUUGAUGGUGAUGUCUCUGGGGCUCUCGUCGGCAGUUGAUUUCAGAUGGAGGAAAGGUGGGGGGUUCUCUGGUAGAUUCACCAGAGGAGCUGGCGGCUCUUCAGUUGUGUUCCCAGUUCAUGGAAACGUCUAUCCUCUUGGGUAUUAUAACGUUACCAUCAACAUAGGACAACCACCAAGACCUUAUUAUCUUGAUCUUGACACUGGUAGUGAUCUCACUUGGCUCCAAUGUGAUGCUCCUUGUGUUCGUUGCUUGGAGGCACCUCAUCCACUUUAUCAGCCUAGCAACGAUUUAAUCCCUUGCAGUGAUCCAUUAUGCAAGGCGAUGCAUAUGAAUGGUAACCAUAGAUACGAGGCUCAAGAGCAAUGUGACUAUGAGGUUGAGUAUGCUGAUGGAGGGUCUUCUCUCGGUGUACUCGUUAGAGAUGUCUUCUCGUUGAAUUAUACAGAAGGUCUCCGUCUCACUCCACGUCUUGCUCUCGGAUGUGGAUACGAUCAAAUCCCAGGGGCAUCGAGUCAUCAUCCUCUAGAUGGAGUGUUGGGGCUUGGUAGGGGGAAAGUAAGCAUUUUAUCACAGCUUCAUAGCCAAGGUCAUGUCAAGAAUGUUAUCGGUCAUUGCUUAAGCAGCUUAGGUGGUGGGAUUCUGUUUUUUGGAGACGAUCUUUAUGAUUCUUCAAGGGUCUCUUGGACACCUAUGUCCCGUGAAAACUCAAAACACUACUCUCCUGCGAUGGGAGGGGAGCUUUUGUUCGGGGGAAGAACAACUGGGUUGAAGAAUCUGUUGACAAUAUUUGAUAGUGGCAGUUCUUACACUUAUUUUAACUCCAAGGCGUACCAGGCAGUCACAUACUUGUUGAAGAGAGAGCUAAGUGGGAAACCGUUGAAAGAAGCAAGGGAUGAUCACACGCUGCCUCUGUGUUGGCAAGGACGUAGGCCGUUCAUGAGCAUAGAAGAAGUGAAGAAGUAUUUCAAGCCUCUAGCUUUAAGCUUCAAAACCGGGUGGAGAUCAAAAACUCUGUUUGAAAUACCCCCAGAAGCUUAUCUCAUCAUCUCUAGGAAGGGAAAUGUAUGUUUAGGAAUCUUGAAUGGCACAGAGAUAGGUCUCCAGAACAUGAACCUCAUCGGCGAUAUAUCAAUGCAAGAUCAGAUGAUAAUCUAUGACAAUGAGAAACAAUCCAUUGGGUGGAUCCCAGCUGAUUGUGAUGAACUUGCUUCACUACAAGCUUCUGCUGCUCAAGUUUAUGAAUAUUGAGAAUAAUGCUAUAAUACACAGUUUAUAAAAUCCUUGGUAAAGAAAAACUGAGAUGUAAUAGAUAAAAACUUCAUUGUUGUAGUUGUAUCAUAUUUUACCAAACUGAGAUGUAAUAGAUAACUUUUCUCAUCUGAAUUGGAUUGUUGUUUAUAAUUCA